CCGCCCCGCUCCCGGCCCCUCGCGGGCGCCAGCAGCUUCUUUUCUUCCGUCCGGCCCUGCUGGGGGAAUUACAGUUUCCGCUUCCGGUCGCGACGCAGGCUCAAGCUGACAGUCGUCUCACCACCGCCCCCGCCCCACGCUCCCACCCUUCAGCUGCUUUAGUCGAAAACUCCUUUCCUUACAAGGACAACUUUGUCCCAAGAUCAUGGCAAACCACCUGAAGUUCAUUGCCAGGACAGUGAUGGUGCAGGAAGGGAAUGUGGAAGGUGCAUACAGGACCCUGAACAGAAUUCUCACUGUGGAUGGGCUUAUUGAUGACAUCAAGCGGCGGAGAUACUAUGAGAAGCCAUGUCGCCGGCGACAGAGGGAGAGCUAUGAGACUUGUCGGCGCAUCUACAACAUGGAAAUGGCACGAAAAGUUAACUUCUUGAUGCGCAAGAAUCGGUUGGACCCGUGGCAGGGCUGCUGAACCCAGCGGAGAUUAAGAGACCCAGUGUGAAAACUCCCUCGUAGGCGAUAGCUAUGUCUCCACAGGUUUCUCUGAGAACCUAACAAUUGGGGAAUUUGCUUCCCGGUUUUUCCAGCCCUGGUUUCUCUUGCCAUCUUUUCAAUCCCAGUAUAUUCAGAUACAUACAUAAAUGCAUGCAUGCCACGCAUUCACACACAUUUACCUCCCUGCCAGUGAAUGAUAUUAAAUGUUCCUCCCUGUCACCAUGUCUCUGAAUGGAAAACCCCACAGGACUGUGUCUUUGCCAUUCUGAAGAAAUUGGCGGCACAGAGACUUCAAAAAUGAACGAGUGGAAUAUAACACUUUUAUUCCAUUCCUUGAUCCCCAAUAAUUCCCAGUAAGGAAAACUAAGGACUACAGAUAAGAAGUGUCCCCUAGUAUUGUUUGAAAAGUCAUCUCUUUUCUCUCCAGAAUAAUUUCCUAAAUUGAAGAAGGGUAAGGCUCAUGUAAUUGUAAUAAAUUCUACUUCUGAAGCACCCAACCAAACUAUUCUACUGAAAUCUUUCCCCAUGGGAAUUCCUGGAAAACUCCAACAAUCCAAAUUACUCCUGUUUUCUCUUUUGUUCGGAAGGGGGAACGUGGACGGAGACAGGGAUGCAGGGCCGGUCGGCACGGCGGUAAGACCAGACAGGAGAUGAAGCUGGGGUUAAGCUAAUAGGCAUAAAGGUGAAUGGGGAGCAGCUGAAACAUAGAAAAGAUGAGAAGAUGGAACACACAUGGGACAGACAUGAAUCGAGGAAACAAAGUGGAGUUUUCCACCCCACCCCCAUGUCCUCUUCCCCCAGCAGGGACUCUCGGGUAUGUGACACCGACAGCUUGUGGCGUCGGGCCACUGUGGGGAGAGCCAGCUGCUUUGCUUCCUCUCCUGCUGUCUGUUUGCUCUGGCCACGCUCCCCAGAUAGCUGUGUUGCUGAUAUUAGGCGAGUAGGCGCCAACCCCUGCAGGGGGUGGUGGGGAAGGCCAAGGUGGGCAGCCCGCCCCGCUCUUUCACACGGCCGUAGCCUGCUGAAGCCUUCUGGAGCUGCGUGGCUUGCAAAAAGGAAAUAAACAGCGCACACUGCCAAGCUUCCUUCCGUUACAGUUUGCUGAUGUUCAGACAGCUCCCUCUGGUGGUAAGGAAGGAUGGCUUUGGGUCACUUCUAGCCCUACUCAUUUAUCUGCUUUUUAACCUCUUUCCCUAAGGAUUCCCAUUUAUACUAACAUCCUUACUGAUUAAUUAAGCUGGGGCUAUAAUAAGAUAGAAUGUAACUUGUGGUCCUUGCCCUCUUAAGCUUCUGCCCUUCCAUUAAUGUCAACAUUAAGAGUACUUGAGGGAUACUAGAGAAAUAAAAGGUAUCCUUGGCUCCUGGAAGUUGAUAAUCCAGCUGAAGACUAUAUACCUGUGAAACAAUUUUUUAAAAUCCAAUUUUGUGUACAAUUAGUCACUCUUAACAUCUUUUUUCUGGCAUUGUACUUGGUGGGUGUUUUCCCUUUGUCUCCUGUGUCAAAACAAGAUUUAGGAAUAUAUCAAUGCAAGAAAUCAACUACCCAUAAAUUCGGAGCGGAAGAAUUCCACAAACAUUAAGUAGCUACCCUUAUGAAGGGGGAGGAGAAAUACAAUGCUGAGCUAUCUUAAUCCCUGUCCUCACGAACUUAAAAUAUAAGGGGGGGUGGAUAAGUUACAGAUACAGAUAAAUAGGAUACAAAAGGUUCCAUAAGUAUCAAAGUGCUAUGUGAAUGCGGCAAUAAAGAAGGAAUUACUUUGAUGCAGUUGACAGAGAAAUUUAGGAGUUGGUUAAAUUUAGCACCAAGCUUUUUAGGAAGAGACAUUCAACAUGUCUAAAAUAGAAGUGAUUUCAGUUUCCCCUCUUUGAAGUCCAUCCUCCCUUGGCAGCCAAAAUUAGCUUCCUACGGCAUAGAUGUAACUGUUAAAGAGUCAAGAAGCAUUUAUGGUGUGCCUGGCAUGUACUGCACUAAAUGCUGGGAAUAUAAACACAAGCAGAAAGAUAGUCCCUGUCUUCAAGGAGCUUACAUCCUAAUGGAGGAAGGCAACAUGGGGGGGGGCAGGGACACACACGACAGGUACCCAGCAGUGCCACGGGAGGUAACAGUCCAGAAAGGAAUGAAGACAAAGCUGGCCUGGGUUCUUUACUUUAAAUGGAGGUUUUGAAAGGAACUGGCCAGUUAGAAGGGGGCAGAGUGUGCGUCUAGUGUGAGAAAACCAGGUGGAAUGAAGUUUGAGAACAAGAAGGCUGCUGUGGAAUGAUGGAGAAAGUCCAGAUUCAGGAGCAGAGCCCAGAGAAAAAUGAAGGCUUAAGUGGCCUGAGCUCUUUCCAUUCGCCUAACUGCUGCUAGGAUAAAAUGGAAGUUUCUCAACCUGGUUGGUAUGCUGUAUUCUGGCUCUAAUAAAUUUUUCAAGACUUAUUUCA